ACACACACUGACACACAAACACACCCACACAGACAGCCCUGUUGGGGAAUUCAUGGCCUCAGGCUAACAAAACACAACCCCGUUCAACAAGCGGCAGAAAGCCCUGAGAGAAACUAACACGACUCAGCUCCCUCACAGCAGAGUAACAGCAUGGAGCUUUAUUUAUGAGGAAACGUUGUGACAGCCAAAAGACACUUUUCUGACGGACACUGUUGUGAGAAAGAUGUGGAUAUGAUGGUGCCAACCCAACCGUGACAAUGUAUGAGGUGAUGUCCGGCGACACCUUGUCUUGGAAGGUGCCCAGUCCAAGACAAAGUGUCUCAGAGUUAAGCCCUGAAUCGCACUUCACUGGGGACGGAGGACCCAUCAAGAUCCUCAAAGUGUGCUUCUGCACCAACAACAACCUGGGCAAGAACUUCAAACUGGUUAAAUGUGACAGCUCCUGGCAAAUUAAGGACAUUAUUCGUUCGAUUCUGGUCAGUGGUCGAUUGGGGCCAAACAUCGAACACUCUGGAUGUUACGGUCUCCUGCUGAAGCACCUGAAGUCAGAAGAACUUCACUGGCUGCAUCCGGAUCUGACUGUGGGGGAGGUGGAGCAACGCUACGAGAGCCAUCACGUGGAAGCUGAGUGGAGGUACGACCUUCGUAUCAGAUACGUUCCUGUCAAUUUCCUGGAAAAAUUCAAGGAUGACAGAUCUACGUUGCUAUAUUUUUACCAACAGGUGCGUAGUGAUUACAUGCAGUAUCAUGCCAGUAAGGUCAGCGAUGGGAUGGCACUGCAGCUCGGCUGUUUGGAGAUCAGGAGGUUCUAUAAAGACAUGAACGCAAAGGGUCUGGAGAAAAAGUCCAACUUUGAGCUGCUAGAAAAAGAAGUGGGCCUGGAUCUUUUCUUUCCUCCACAGCUGAUCAACAGCAUGAAGGCGAAGCAGCUACGGAAGUUGAUCCAGCAAACGUUUCAACAGUACGCAACGCUCAAGGAGGACGACUGUAUGGUCAAGUUUUUUGAGACCUUCAAAGAUUUCGCCAGUUAUGAUGAAGAGGUUUUCCCCUGUGAACUAGUGCAAGGUUGGAGUCUGUCAGUGGAGCUGGUCAUCGGCGGGAGGGGGAUUCGCCAACGAACACAGAAGAAUUCAGCGCCUGUUUUUCUAGCCGACUUCAAACAGAUCAAGAAAAUACAAUGCUUACCUAAGAGUGACGGCAAGGCUCUCAUGAACCUCAGCAUAGAGGGGGCCAGACAAUGCUUGUCAAUCAAUGUGGCCACAAUGCCUAUGGCGGAGAACAUGAUGGACCUUAUUGACGGGUACUGUCGCUUGGAAAAUAACACAGAUGAUACUGUUAUCUUCAGACCAAAUAAUGAUGCCAGUACAAGGAGUCCCCUACCUGAGAUUCCUACAGAAAGAGACAGCAGCUCGAUCAGACACAGUAUGGGUUCAGAUAUCUACUGUGAGAUUCUCGAUGAAAGGCCGAAAUCAGUUGUUAAGUACGGGAUCGACCGAAAGGACAUCGAGCUUGGACGAAUCCUCGGUGAGGGGUUUUUCGGGGAAGUCUUUGAUGGAGUUUACAAAAAACCUGGCGGUGAAAGGAUUAAUGUGGCGGUGAAGACCUGCAAAGACAGUUCACCCGAUGUGAUGGAGAAGUUCAUGAGUGAAGCAGUCAUUAUGAAGAAGUUCGAUCAUCAGCACAUCGUCAAACUGAUUGGAAUCAUCGAGGAUGAUCCUGUGUCGAUUGUCAUGGAGCUUUACCAGUAUGGAGAGCUCGGGAACUACUUAACUCAGAACCAGAACAAGCUGUCAAAUAUAACCCUGGUGCUGUUCAGCCUGCAGAUCUGCAAAGCUCUCGUCUACCUCGCAGGGGUCAACGUGGUGCACAGAGACAUUGCUGUGCGGAACGUCUUAGUUGCCAGUCCAGACUGUGUGAAGCUUGGAGACUUCGGCCUGUCGAGGUACAUCGAGGAAGAAGAAUACUACAAGGCGUCUGUUACUCGGUUGCCGAUCAAGUGGAUGGCCCCAGAAUCCAUCAACUUCAGGCGCUUUACCACAGCCAGUGAUGUCUGGAUGUUUGCUGUAUGCAUGUGGGAGAUAAUGAGUUUUGGGCAGCAGCCCUUUUUCUGGCUUGAGAACAGAGAUGUAAUCAACCAGUUGGAGCAGGGAAUAAGGCUGCCCAAGCCAGACAACUGCCCUCCUGCCCUCUAUUCACUCAUGACCCGCUGCUGGUCCUACGACCACAGAGAGAGGCCCAACUUCACUGAGCUGGUGGUCAAGAUCAGUGACGUUCACAAGAUGGAGAAGGAGCAGGAAUUGGAGAGAGAGAGGGACAGAGCACGCGCCACCAAAUUUUUCGACCCCAAGUUCAACUUUCACGAGCCUCCUCCUAAGCCUUCAAGAAUGAAACCAGGGCGGUUUGGGAACACCCUCAGUAUUGGUCUACACAUUCAGCUGAAUGAGGCUUUGUGUGCCAGCUCACCUGACCUAGCCAGCCCAUGUGAAUACCAGUCCCCUCUGGACUCCAUGAACACUCUUGCGUUGCCCGCCAAGUCCCCUCGGCGUCGAAGCGUGGGGGAGGGCGAGUUUUUCCGAGCUGAAGCAAACAGCAGGGAGGACGCCCAGCGGCUGUGGCAGAGGGAGAGGCAGCACAUGCAGGACACCCUCCGCCACCAGAAAGAGCAGAUGAUGGCAGAUAAAAAGUGGCUGGAGAAGGAGGAGAGACUCCUGGACCCCAUGGGACCAGAGGAUCCCACCAGCCCAGUGGCUGACACUGAGGGUGCAGCACCACCAGACAAGCCACCACGGCUCACGGCGCAGCCUGCUCCCACAGCUGAGCUGGACCGCUCUGACGACAAAGUGUAUCAGUCCGUCAUGAACUUGGUCAAAGUUGUUGUCCAGCUCAAGAAUGACAUCGUCACGCUGCCACCUGAAAAAUAUAUCACGCUUGUCCAGUCUGUUGGGAUGGCUUUACGAGAUCUGAUUCACAACGUGGAUAACAUACUGCCGACCUUACACGAGUCUGUCAGGACUGAGAUCGAAGGCACCCAGAAGCUUCUGAACAACGACAUGGCAGAGCUGAUCAGCAAAAUGCGACUGGCCCAGCAGAACGCCAUCACCACUUUGAAGGACGAGUGUAAGAAACAGAUGCUGGCUGCAGCACACACUCUGGCUAUGGACAGCAAGAACAUGUUGGAUGCAGUGGAUCAAGCCAGAGUCAGGGCCAACUUAGCCAAACCAGUGGCCACCUAGUGGACUGAAAACUCUCUUGUUCAGUUUCAACUUAAAGUCCACAUCUGUCGUGUGUUUUUCGGUUUAAAUUUAUACUACAAAGGGGAAAAAAGUGUGUGUGUGUGUGUGUGUAUGCUUACAACGGUAGUAUGUAUAUGGUCCAUUGGCAUCAUCAUCAUGAGGAUGCCGUCAUUUCAGACAUUGACACAUGUUCUUAUCUGUGAUUGAGUUAUUGAUUUAAUAAUCUGCUCAGAUCUUGAAUUACCCUUGUAAAUAUUAAAUGUUUCUAAUGGCAGGUACAAUGGCUUUUACCACAGAGUAAAAGAAAAAAUAAUGUAAAGCAAAUUAAAACGUAAGUAAAUGGUCAUUCUUUCAGCUAUCAAAAGGGUUUUAUAUAUACACACUACCUACAUAUACAGUAUAUACUGUAUACACGGUACAUAUCUCAAAUCAAAUUAUGAGAUAAAGAUACAUGUCAGGUUCAACUUGAAAGAGCCAAAGUUUUUUUGUAUUAUGUCCGACGUCAUUAUUAGAAAAUAUGAAAUUCUAGCACAUAAUCAAGUAUCAUCAAGUGAUAAAAUAAAAAAAUAAAUAUCAUGAUGUAUACUACUGAA